AUGUCUCCUCCAAGCCCCUACAGGCCGCGUGAUAGCUUUUCCGUAUCAAAUCGUCCCAUAACACCAACAAAACCAUUUAUCCAGGCACCACGGCAAGAGGAUGAUGAUAAUUACCCGGCUGCGUUUUUAUACAAAUGGAUCAAGAAUGAGAGCCCGAGACUCAGCCGCCCUUUGUCCAGCUACAGUGGCACCAGGACCGAAAAAUUUUACCAGGAGAACGAACAUAACAAAUCGGAAGCCAAACUACCUCUAGAACAAGCUUUGAUGCAUAAAGAGUUCCACAUCGAGGCGUUGCGGGGACAAAUACGGAAGCUGAUUAGCGACCACACCACAGAGUGCUCUGUAUUGAACGACAAGAUCAAUGGACUUCAGGGGCAAUUGUCUUCUUUUCGAAUUAAAUUGCAGAAUGACCUGGACGCUGCCAAUGAAGCUAAGGCUAAACUAGAAGAAGAAAUAAAAGAGAUGAGACGGGCUUUUGUGGAAAAAUCCGAAGCCCUUGAAAAUCAUCAGAAGCAGCGAGAGGAAGAGACCAAGGGGCUUCGCCGAGCACUUUCCGAAAAGUCCAAGGCUCUGGAAUUCUUCAAACGGGAGCGGGAUGAAGAAAUCAAAGACUUACAACAAAAAUUGGCGGAAAAGUCUGAAGCUCUAGAGUGUCAUAAGAAGGAGAGAGAGGAAGAGGUGGAAGAAGUACGACGAACUCUCACGGAACGGUCUGGAGCUCUGGAAUGCGACAAGCAGCGGCUGGAGGAGGAAGCCGAACAGGUACGGCACACAUUUGCAGUAGAAGCUGAAGCGCAAAGAUGUCAUAUUCAAGAGCUUGAGGAAGAAAUCACACGGCUACGGCAAUCUCUCACGGAAAAGUCUGAAGCCCUUGAAGUUCGUGAGCGGGAGCGGGAGGUGGAGGUUAAGGUGUUACAGAAAACUCUUGCAGAUAAAUCCGAAGCUCUACAACUCCACAACCAACAACUUGCGGAGGAAAUUAGGAAGUUGCAAAAAGCCCUCACGGAAACCUCCGAAGCUCUGGAUUCCCGCGAACAGGAACCAAAGAACGAGUUAAGCGAGCUGCGACUAACUCUGGAGGAGAGGUUGAGAGCUCUAGAAGAGCUUGAGAAGGCCAAAGAGCAAGCUCUUGCGGCACAGAAAGCGGAGCUCGAGAAGCAUUUCCAAGACAUCAAGAUAGAAGAUGAUCGAGUGGCCAAUGAACGACUGGGGGAACGAGAGAAAGAGCUGAUUGCUCAGCUUAACAAGAAGCAUAAUACAGAAUUGGAAGACCUUCAAGCGUCGUUUGCGGCAGAACUCCAGCACAUCCAAAAAGCACACGCUGCCGCGAUUCACGAGUUCGUUGCCAGGCUAGAAGGGAGCGAGGACAGCCAUGGCGUUAGAGUACGAGGUGGAAAAUUAAGGCGAAACCGAAACAAAGGGAAAGGAAAGGGGAAAGGCGAGAGCCGCAUUCGCAUGCUAUUAACAGAGAUUUUCCAUACGGGCAAGACCAAAACGAGCAAUCUCUCUUGUGAACAUACAAGAGAGUCCGACUCUCGUCAUGAUUCAGGUUUUCAUUCAUGUACAAAUACCUCGGGUCACUCAUGA